UGACAAUUUUCAUGUUUGAUUUUUUUAAAUCAAAAGAAAGUUCUCUGCUUUAAUAAUUACUUUUUCUUGUGUAGUUUCAUUUAAAUUAAAUCUAUAUUACUGGAGUGUGAUUUAGUUAACCUAUACACAAGUUUUGUAUACAAUAAUAAAAAUGUUAGCUGGAUGGCUGAAUAGUGCUCGAUUUAUAAGUAAUCAUAAUGUUGGAAACAAUGUAUAUUCUCGUAUUUUUAUUCAAACUCGAGAUUACGCAGCCAGAAAAGGCACAAGGGAAAAAGCCAGACAGAAGAAAAUUAAAAUGAAUCUUGAAAAAAUAGGACAUGAGGCACGGAAGAAGUCUAUGCUACAGAAAAAGAAGGCAACACAAUCUCCACUUCUUUUGAUAGAUGAUAGCUCAUUGAAACCAAUAAUGGAUGAUGUGUGGAUAAUAAAGAAUCAUCCACAACCAGUGUAUUCACUACAAGAGGCUAUAGAAUAUCAUCGUGAAACGCAUCAUCCAACUAUGUUUAAUGUACCUAACGCACUUGUAAAUGCAUUUAUUGAAUGUAAUAUGAAGCACCAGAACAAAAAUAAAUAUGUUGAUAAAUUUUCAAAAAAUAUUGAUAUGCCUCAUGUAUUUGAUACUGGCAAGAAGAAGCUAACUGUUUUAGCUUUAGCCAAGAAUUCCAAACAGCAAGAUAAUGCUGUGAAAGCUGGAGCAGAAUAUGUUGGUGGUACUGAAGUAAUAAAACAAAUUCAGGGUGGAAAAUUUGAUAUUAAAGAGUAUGACACUGUCAUAGCUCAUAUAGAUAUUUUAACAGAAUUACUGCUAAUUAGAGGUUUAUUAAAACGAAAGUUUCCGAGUGUGAAAGCAGGUACUUUGAGCAAUGACAUUGGUUCACUUAUUACAAAGAUGAAAAAUUCAAUAAGAUAUUACACAGAAGUAAAUGAAGAACAUAAAGACUAUGCUAAGAUUAAUCUGCCCUUUGGCAAGCUUGAUAUGGAUAUAGCACAUCUCGAGGAAAAUUUUGCUACCGUCGUUAAAGAUAUUGAAUCUGUUGGAGCUUCGCGAACAGGAUCUUUCAUUAAAAGAAUUCAGAUUUCGAGUGAACCAUCAGAAGAAUUAUUUAAAGUUGAUUACAGUAAAUUCCUUCCAAAGAAAGCUGGAGAAGACACUGAACAGGAACCAGAUGAUAGUGCAGUUAUAGAAUCAGUUUAAUUAUUUUAUAAACAAUAAAAUGAUAAAUGUUACGAGAAA